AUGGCCACUUUGGCGCAUCAGCUGCAGCACGGCAAUAAUGCUGCUGUUAGUGGUGGGCAGACAUCGAGGAGUCAUCGACACAAGAAGAAGCGCAAACAUCGAAAGGAGAAAGCAUCAGCCCGGCAUCAGCUGCAGCCCUUCUUUCUGCCGCCCACUUCAAGCACAUCUAGUCAGCCAUUUCCUAGCAAUCUCUACGACCCAACUAGUACUACUAACAGUGGUAGCCACCCAGGCGCCACCCAAGCACUGAUGAUGAUAAACCCAGCCAACUGUGAUUCUGCAAAAUGUGUAUUUACCUCCUCUUCCUCUUCCUCCUCUUCCGCCAGCUCCUCGUCUCAAUCACAUUCCUCCGGUUCCAGCUCGAACUCAUCUUCAUCGUCCUCUUCGGAUGACGAGGGUGGAGUGGAGAGAGGGCGAACCAAGGCCGGACAAGUCAAAAGCAAUAAGGCAAACUAUGAUAGCUAUCAGCGGAAGGAGAAGCAAAAGCAUAAGCGGAGGUCUCGUCGCCGUCAGCCAAACUCGUCCUUCUCCUCCUCAAACAGUUCUAGUUCUUCCUCUAAUUCUGGUUCUUCCGCCUCGUCUUCCUCUUCGUCUUCCUCCUCCUCUUCUUCGUACUCCAGCGAUGGUGACUCUUCAGAUGAGGACGAGGGUCAUGGGCGGCGGAAGAAGACGGCAACGAACAGCUCAUCAACCGGUUCCUCGAGCACCUCUCGGUCCUCUUCGUGCUCUACCAAGUCAAGCUCGAAGGUGUCCACUGCUUCCACAGUCUUCUACGGACACGACGUCCUCAAGGCGAUCUCAGUGCAUGACAGCCUCACUGACCAUGAGAAUGAUCAGCUGUCGUCGGCGAGUGCGGGCGAGUGCAACUCAACCAAUUUCUUCAACGCAAACUCCAGUGAAACUCCGGUGGCGGUGAAUGAGAGUGUUGCGGCGGCAACCACCUCAGCUUCAGUGGUCACUGUGACCACGUUUCCCCCGGUGAAUGCCAUCGCCGACAGUGAGAUUCCACAUCCUAGCAACAACACUAUAAAUCCACAACAACAACAACAACAACAAGCGGAGCAGUUUUCUCACACUUUUAGUGGCUCAUCAUUUUCUGUAAACACUCUCAUUCAACAACAACAACAAGAAGGAGAGGCACCGCCAAAGGUGGUCGUGGAGGUUACCUCUUCCUCCUCUUCCUCAACUUCCCAACAGCAGUGCAGCACGUCAACCUCCUCCAGCAUUGCCUCUCCGCUGAAUCCAGCACUGGUGUCGCUGGUGAAGCAGGCCAACACGCCUCUCUCCUCUGCCGUCCUCUCCGAUGACUGCAACUCCAUCGGGUCGCCCCUGUCGGUGGGCAGCAGUGGACGGGACAGCGGCAAGGAUGACUCGGCAAAGUCGGGCAGCCUUAAGAAGCGAGACCCAGCGGAGGAGAGACAACGCCUCCGGAGCUACCGAAUUCCGCACCACCUCUCGCAGAGUCGGUCCCUAUCGAGGUCUUCAGAGGCUGCCACGACCAGCAGUAGCAGCAGCACAACUGUCAGUACCAAUGCGACCAGUUCGGCGUCUUCGAGGGCGACCACUACAGCCAGCAGCACAUCGUCUUCAGCGGCAGUGGGCAACUCCAAAAAAGCGACUGAAAGUGCCUCCACAACUGCGACUACCUCAGCAGCCACAUCCUCGUCUCAACAAUCGGCAACCAGCAAUAAGAAGGAUCGCAGCAGUGCGUCAAGCAAAGCAUCAACAACUGCAAACGACAAGAGCGCAUCCAGCAGUACCGCCACCAGCACCGCCAGCAGCAAUAAGCGACCAGUGGCCACCGUCUCCAGUGUGGUGCAGUCCAGUGCCGCCCAGUCGCAGGGGAAGACACAGCUGAGCAGUGCUCCGGCAGUGCUGGCGCCCAGUCACCCGCAGCCUAGUCCCUUCCUCAACUCGUCCUUCUUCGUGCCCGGGCCUGCGUCCUCCUUUCCCUACUCGCAGCACUACCAUCCCUUCUCACCGGCGGCCUUCAUGCCCACGCUCUUUCCCAACCAGUUUCUCCAGAGCACCUCGCAGCAGCAGGCGGUGGCCAACUCGAAGGCGCUGGCAUCGGUCGCCGCCGCCGCCAAUGCCGCCGUUGCCUGUUCGGUAGGGCAGCAGCAGCAGCAACAGCAGCAGCAACAACAGCAGCAAAGGCACCAGCAGUUUCUGCACCCUGCUCAGUCGCAGUCGCUGACCAUCUUCACCUCGCCGACGCUCACCUCGAACGCCUCGGCGCACGCACUGUCGCCCUUUGCCUUUCCCGCCGGCCUCAGUCCGAUGGCUCACUCUGCCCUCCUCUCGCCGACGUUCAGCUCAUCGGCGCUGAGCAGUGCAGUGGCCGCCGGCACGACGCCCCUCCUCGUCGGUCCCACCAAGUCGCUCAACUUUUCGCCCAACUUUUCCUUUCCAUCGGGCAGUCUGGACCCGCUGAUGAUGGCCUUUGGCAUCACUUCGGGGGCGGCGGCUGCAGCUGCGGCUGCGGCUGCCACUAAGCAGCAACAACAACAGCAGCAAAUACAGCAACAACAUCAGCAACAGCAGCAACUUCUAAAGUCCUCGCUACUGACUUUAUCGACGAUACAGCAGCAACAGCAGCAGCAUCAGCUGAACCAGUUGGCCAACAGCGCCAACAACGCUCAGCUGUCUCCCUCACUGUCGACCAUCUUUCAGCAACACCCACAGACGCUUUUUCUGUUGCCGCCGACGAUGCCUAGCAGCUCAUUUGCCGCUAAAAGCCCACUGACGGCAGUGUCCUCUUCGCCGUCAUCGGUAAGCUCUUCAGCCGCCGCUUUGAUUGUGGGCAGCAGCAGUAGUACUGCAAGUACGACCACCAGCACCUCCACAUCAGCCACUUCUUCAAAGACGGGCACACCGAGCAGUAAAACCGUGUCGACUGCAGUGUCCAGCAGUGCCCAGCCCAUUGCGCCCACAUCCUCUUCACUGACAGUCACUACGACACUUUCGCCGGCAUCCUUUGCCUCUGCGGCUCAACUGCGAGCACCCAACCCCCUGGCGAACAGCUUCAUCUUCUCCCCUAACUCGCACCCUCAUCUGCCGUACACACUCUUCUCGCCGCCACACCCGCAUCAACUAAUGCAGCCGAUCUCCAUUCAGGCGCCACCACCGCCGUCGCCCUCUUCGCUGCUCGGCACGCAGCUCCUGCUGUCGGUCAUCUCGCCGACACAUCGCAACCAGACCCUUCAACUCGGCUCUCCGAUCAGCAGCAACAACAACAGCAGCAGCGGUACUCAGCUCACUGCACAGCCCAGUGGUACUUCUUCAGUUCAGACAGCAGCAGCAAAAGGAGGCUCAAAACAGACGUCCACCUCUACCUCCACCAGCACUAGUGAGAAGCCGGCAAAAGCAGGCAGCAGUGGAGGUAAAACAGGAGGAGCGGGAAAAGGAGGCGUUUCGGUGAAAACCGAGUCAAAGACGGCUACAACCAGCAGCGGUAAGGCUACUGCAAAGAAAGCAGCAGCAGCUAAAGGAGAAAGUCAGAGCAAGGACAGCCGUUCGAACUCUCGUGGACCUUCUGCAUCAUCCGCAACAGCAGUGACCACCACUCCAUCGUCAGCCAGCAAAGCAACCACUACUUCGACCAUGGCGUACACUGGCUUUGUUGAGGCUAGCACUACCACCAUAACCACCAGCAACAGCAGCAGCAGCAGUGGAGGAAAAGCUUCUGCAGCAGUGAUGAUGGUGGCGAAAACUCCCGAGCAGCUACCACUCGGACUGACCUCACCCACCUCGGGCACUGAUGAGUUUGAGAGUCUCGUUCGAUCGGUGAAUGAGUCCAUCAAGUCCUUUCACUCUUCACCUGACUUUUACGACGAAGAAUGUGGUGGUGGUGGCAGUGGGGCUGGCAGCGGCAGUAGUUCUGCUUUGAAGGAGCUGGUCGUCGAGAAGGACUUGAUGAAGAAGGAGCACAAAAGCGAGGAGACGGCGACAUUCAACUCAAAGAAGAUGCUCUCGCUGAUGAUUAAAAGCGAGGAGAUUAAGGGGACAAAGGAGACAUCUACGGCGACCAGCAGCACCUCCUCAAAGAAGGCGCCAAAAGGCAGCUCAAAGGCAGAUCAGAGUGGGGGGAAGAAGCAAGUGAAGGACGCCAGCACUGAGCCGCCGCCUGCCCGGAAGAGCACCGGAAGUCAGGCAGCCGUCAGCAGACAGCCUCUCAACAGACAGUCACUUACUACAGCUGCACCGUCUGCCGAUCAGUCUGCGGGGAAACAAAAACAGCUGGUUGAUAAAGAGGUUGAAGCCAAAAUAAGAGUUUCUACUGCUGCUGUUUCAGGCAGCAAAGAGGGCAAAACAAAAGCCAAUAAAUCGUCGGCUUCAUCGAACAGCAGCAAAUCAAGUCGCAGUCGGAAGAAGGCCACCCCGGUAAAGAGCCCCGGUAGCGCUGGCGACCAGAAGAAGAAGAAGGACCGACCUACACCACCGUUUGCCGCGCUUUCUGAGGCUGAGCAACAGCAGCAGCCGGCGAGGGCAGCCACUCCACUUUCUCCUCCACCUCAAAAGCCAUCUACACCGCCAAUCGCUGAAAGUGGUAAAGGAAAAUCGACCCUAACGCCUGAUGGUAGGCGGAAGAAGAGGACAAAGACUCGCAAAGGGCCGACAUCGCCUUUGUCAGUGCAUGGUUCCUCUGUGGACGAGUCGAGUGACGCCGACGACGAGUUUGACCCUGACGAUGAGGUGCUGGGCAAUGCUGAUGUAAACAACGCGAGUUACUCAUCUGUUCUAACAACGACACUGCCAAAACAACAACAACAACGCUGUGAUUUACGUGAAAUGGCCAGAGCACCUGUGAAACCCAUUCGCAUCAACGGUUUGCAUAAAUCUGUUGAGGAGAGAGUAAAGGCAAAGAAUACUAGCCGCCUGGCAGCAAAACAUGGCAAAGCAGUUCAACUGGAUUCCAUAGCGGCGGCGGUCAUCAAUGGCGCCCCAAAGAUUCGAGCUUCAAAGAAAAAGCAAGCAGCAGUCCCAGUACAGGCGAAUGGAAAGCAACAGCAGCCGCUACCGCCGCCGCCGCCGCCGCCGCCGCCGCCGCCGCCGCAGCCAUCCAGUGCUCCUGCUGUAAGUAAUGGCAAAGCAAAGGUGGCCACCAAAACGCCGCGAAAGCGACGACGGACUAUUAACAAGACCGGCUUUGACAAACCUCGAAAGCGCAACAGGCUUGCUCCCUCAACUAAGAAGCGAGGCCGACCACCACUGGCAAGCACUAGUGCUCCAGUUGAGGCUGUAUCCAGAGCACGCAAACCCUCGCCAAAGCCAAAUGGUGUCAAUGGUCACACUAGUCAAAGUGAAGCAAACGAUAAUACUAAAACCAACAAUAUCGUCAACAACAGCAAAAGCGAGCCUAGAAUGAGAAGAAAAGCAACGAAAGUAACACGGAAGGCAACUACGUCGGCUCCUGUGGUCAGCUCAGACUCUUGUUCAACUGAAGUGGAUGAUGAUGCUCCUGACUCAAAAAAAGGCAAAUUGAAGUCUCAACGACUAGCAAAGGGAAAACUGCCAAAUCGAUCUCAUAAAAAGGCUAACAAAAUCUCUGACAACAGUGAUUCCGAUAAGCGACCAGUGCCUAGUUCAACUAGCUCAUCCAGUACUUCUUCAUCAAGUGAAGAAGAUAGCGAAAGCAGUGCAUCAUCUGUUGACAACUUCCCCGUUUUUAUGGUGACUAAACCUUCAGUGAGCAAAGCGACGAAACUUGCUAAAAAGAACAAAGUGGAAAAGAUCAAAUCCAAUCCAUUCACUCGACCGAUUCCUGAAAAGAAGUACUACAAAACCGCAGUGUACACCAAAGAGUUUGCCAAACUUUACUCUGAAGAAAGUGAAACUUUAAAAACUGCUUUCACUAAGACCAGUACUACUACUACGGCACCAAACACAGCGGCACCAGAAGUGCCUGAACAGCUAGCACAAAAGUUGCCUAUACUACCAUUGCCCAGCUUCUACAAAUCGCCAAACCAAACAUCUACCUCCUCAUCUUCCUCCGCCUCAUCAUCCUCACAGGAAGAUGAAGGUUCACUGAGCAGUGGCUCUGGCGGUAGCAGCAAGAGGCGGUCUUUGCGCAACAAAAAGUCCAAAUCGUCAUCAGCUUCUAGCGCUGAAGACGGCGUCCUUCAGUGUCUUAAGUCGUCACCAUCAGGAUUCACCCUCGGCUAUGACAUUUGGUUUCAGUACAAGUACAAUCCACUGCCAUCGGCUAUGAGCUCUGCCAACUAUCGCCGAGUCCGCCAAAAUGUCUUUUGUGAUACGAAGCCGGUGUCGAAUAUCUCCAGUCAGUACUGCAACUGCAGCGUGCCGGAGAACAAUGACGGCUCCACUGGCUGUGGCGCCAACUGCAUCAACCGUCUGAUGUACCAGGAGUGCUGGCAGAAGACCGGAACGAUGCUGCAUGGUCACAAGUGCACUAACCAGCGGAUCCAGAGGUACGAGUGGAGCCCCGGGCUGGAGCGCUUCAUGACUGCCAAGCGCGGCUGGGGCAUUCGCACCACUGAGCUGAUUCGCAGUGGCGAGUUCAUCCUCGAGUACAUUGGCGAAAUAGUCUCGGACCAGCUGUUUGAGCGGCGAAUGACGGAGCGGUACAGCAGCGACCACCACCACUACUCCAUGGUCAUCGACAACGGCAUGGUCAUUGACGGGUACCGCGUGGCGAAUGAAGGUCGCUUUGUGAACCACUCCUGUGAGCCCAACUGCGAGAUACAGAAGUGGUCCGUCAAUGGCUACUACCGAAUGUGCAUGUUCGCCCUGAGAAACAUCGAGCCGAAUGAGGAGCUCUUCUACGACUACAACUUUGUCAACUUUAACCGAGACUCGCAGCAGGCCUGUCACUGUGGCUCGAGCAAGUGCCGCGGCAUUAUCGGCGGCAAGCGCGCCAAUGUCAUCGGCUCGGGGUCGCCGGUGAUUGACGCCGACGCAAUUCAGCCCGCUGACAUUGCCAAGGAGUCGCAGAAUCCGGCGGAGAAGUACCUCACCAAGGUGUUGCCCUUCCUCUGCGCAAAGGAGCCCACCUGGAUCGAGACACUGCCCCAGGUGAAGACUCACCCGCAGAUUGAACACGAUGAGACCAGCUGGAUAUUCGUCAACUGCAAGACGGCCAAGGUCAAGGUGCCAGUUUCGCAGUAUAAGAGCAACAUUCUCGGCAUCAAGCCCUGCAGCACGCUGAACGCUGCGCUAAAGGAGGCGAGCUCAUCGGCGCAGAAUUCAGCCAGUAAUGGUGGCGACGAACAAGUGGUGGAGCUAUCUUACGAUCCGAACAUGUUGAAGGCGUUUAAAAAGCUGAAACCACUAUACACGAAGAGUGACGACAGUUACGAAAAGGGGCCGACUUUUCUGAUGCGUAACUACCGAAACAUGCGCCGCUACUAUACCGGCUUGAGUGAAGCGGUCCCCAGUUCAGGCCAAGGCAGUCAGCUAUCGCAGCUGCUCAUCGAACAACUCGAGCGACUCUGA